CAUUUAAAUAACCAUACGGUCAUAACCUUCAUCGAAAAUAUAAAGUUAUUUCAUAUAUAUUUUUAUUUAAAAUAAAAAAAUGAUUGGAAUUACCGGUAGGCUGGCGUUAAUUGCUCGCGGAUUUGCGACAAGUGUCAAAGAUAUUCCUAAUUUAGUAAAACAAAACAAGGUCGUGGUUUUUAUGAAAGGAGUACCAGAAGAACCUAGAUGUGGAUUCAGCAAUGCCGUUGUACAAAUAUUCCGUAUGCAUGGAGUUAAAUAUGAUGCACAUGACGUACUAGCAAGUGAUGAACUCAGACAAGGUGUAAAAGAUUUUUCAAACUGGCCAACAAUACCCCAAGUUUUUAUAAACGGCGAAUUUGUUGGUGGCUGUGACAUUUUACUCCAAAUGCACCAGAACGGUGAACUUAUUGAAGAAUUAAAAAAAGCUGGAAUAACAAGCGCUCUUUUAACAAAAGACAAUGCCGAUGACGCAUCGAAAAAGUAAUUAAAAGAACCCAAGUAUCUACGGAUUUGUAAAUAAUUUCCAAUUCUAUAAACUAGUCUCGUUUUGUUAAUAAAAAAUAUUUAAAAAUCCACAUGAUGAUUAUAAAAAAAAUCAUAAUUUUUGCAACUCUCGGCGUAAAAUUUUACCCGCAGCACUUUUUGGAAUUUUAUCAACUACAACAACGUGACCAAGUUGUUUGUAUUUAGAAACACGUUUAGCAACGUAAUCUUUUAUUUCUUGCUCAUCAAUUAUCAUAUUUGCUUUGGGAACUAUAAAAGCUUUUGGAAUUUCCCCGUAUCUUUCAUGCGGCACACCUACAACUGCUGCAUCAGCUAUUUUUUUGUGACCCUGAAUAAUAUCUUCCAGUUCCGCGGGUGCUACCUGAUAACCUUGAACUUUUAUCAACUCUUUUAGCCGCCCUCGUAUGUACAAAUAUCCUUCAAUCAAUAAAUUUUAUUAUUUCAAUCUC